AUGCAGGCCAACGUUGGACGCAAGUCCACGAGCUCCGCUGUGCCCUCCCAGUUGUCGGCGCCCUCGGUGUAUGCGCAGUCGCCGUGCAACGCCACAGCGCAAAUGUCGCCGCCUGCCGACGCCACCGUCGCCAAGGAGCGACACGAAGGCGCGCCGCUGAACCGCCGCCUACCAGAUCUUCCGCAAGCGCACGCCCACGUCCGUGAAGCUCCGCAACCGGCGGCGUCGGCGGACAGCGCGCGCCUAAUCCCGCUAAAGUACAUCAACUACUCGGUCACGCUCCUACAGUAUGUGUCCCGCGGCACGGGGCGGCGCUCGCGCCAGCUCGUGGACCCGGAGGUUAACCGCUACGAGGUCAACGUCACGCGGGCGCUGCUGACGCACAACCACCGCGUGGACAAGGAGACGUACCAACAGUACAGCAACGCGAGGCUUGGUCUCUCGGACGAGCUGCUCAGCUGCGUCGAGCUCAUGCACAAGACCAGCGUCAAGCCCAAGGAGAUCCGCUCCUAUAUCAUUGAGAACUCGAGCUGCACGCCGACUUUCAAGGACGUGCAGAACAUGCUACAGCGGCUGCGGAACCAGGAGCGCGCUGCGGCGGCGAAGGCGACCAGCUUUCACCCUCCAGCGGCCAAAGCCGGCUUGCUGUCGUACCGAGCACCCCCGGGAGACAUUGCGUGA